AUGAAUAGCGAACGACGGCAGAAAUCACGUUCAAGAUCAAGAGCAACCUCAAGAAGUCGUUCAAAACAACCCGACGCCACACCUGCGUUCGUCAACUUCGUAAUCCCUCUCGCCGGUAUUCUUACAACUAUUACAGCUCGACUUUACGAUAUGGCAGGCCCAACGCCAAAGUCGGAUGCAUCAGAGCGAUCGCCGUUACUUUCUCCAGCUAAGGGUGCCGAUGACAAUGCUACGACUGGCCAAGUCAAAAAGGCUGCACGAUGGGUGACUCGAAAUGCAGUGAUUGUAUUUAUGAGUGCACUGAUCUUGGGAGUUGUGAUAACACUAUGUCUCUUCUUCGGAUCUCAACCUAAGAAGUCCGGCUCCCAAUCCGACACCGAAUCAACAGUCUGUCUAACGCCAGCAUGCGUUCAUGCCUCCUCUGAGAUUCUUUAUAACCUCGCCCCGAACUACAAGGAAAUCGAUCCAUGCUCAAAUUUUGAGGAACUGGUAUGCGGCGGUUGGGAUGACAGACACGAUUUAAGGCCUGAUCAAGGAGAUGCCUUUACUGGGACCAUAAUGAGCGAGAACUCGCAGAUGUUGCUGAGACAUAUCCUGGAGGCGCCAUACCCAACUGAGUCGAAGCACUCUAGCUUCUCGCCAGCUCAAUUGGUACAAUCUCUUUCUUCUGUUGACCAGCAGAACUUCGAUAAGUUGAAAGAUGCAUAUUCUGCUUGUAUGGACGAAGUAACAGUUAAAAAGGCCGGGAUUCGACCACUCGGUGGGAUUUUACGGCAAGUAGCCGAGAUGGCCAAGUCCGAUGACAGCAGCACAAUAUCAGAUACUGUUUUGUUUCUUCACAAACUCGGAGUGACGGCGCUACUUUCCUUGGGCGCAAGUGCCGACGACAAGGAUCCAGACACAGUCGUCGUGGUCGCCUCUCCGCCUUACCGAAUUGGGCUCCCUGCCAAAGAUUACUACUCUGAUGAUGCUGUGGUGAAGAAAUACGAGGCUGCUACCGCUGCUGUCAUUGAUCUUCUCCACCCUUCAAAUCAAACUGAAAAGUUCGCGCACGAUCUUGUGGAAUUCGAAAAGAAACUCGCCGCUGCUUCCCCGGAUGCGGAAGAUAGAGAUGAUGUUACUAAAUACUACAAUCCGAUGAGCCUUCAGAAUGCAGACAAGCUUACCCCCGAAAUCCACCUUGCUAGUCUCAUUGGUAGAUUAGAGCCGGCGGACGUCAAGACGGAACGGAUCAUUGUCAUGUCUCCAAGCUAUAUGGCGAAUCUUACAGAUAUUUUAUCAGAGACAUCUAAGGAGACUUUACAAACAUAUUUUGUCUGGAAAACGAUCCAAGCAUUUGCCUCCUAUGUUGAGGCAGAUGAACUGAAGCCUUACAAACGAUUCUUAAAUGAGCUGCAAGGCAAGGAGGCCGAUUCGGCCCCUGAGAGAUGGCGCACUUGUGUCGCGAAUGUCGAUGAAGAUUUAGGCUGGAUCUUGAGUCGCUUCUUCGUCGAAAAGGCUUUCUCCAAGGAUGCUAAAGUGUUUGGUGACCAGGUUGUCUCUGAUAUUAAGGAUCAGUUUAUCGAGAAACUUAAAGUGACCACCUGGAUGGAUAAGAGUGUGAUCAAGCUUGCUAUUGAUAAGGUUCACAAGAUUGUCCAAAAGAUUGGCUAUCCAACCAAAAGUCCAGAUAUCAUGGAUCCCCCAAGUCUCCAGCAAUAUUAUAGUAGUGUAAAUAUCACCCCAACAACUUUCUUUGAAAAUACGCUCUCCGUGAGUCGGUUCGACGUCGCUCGUGGCUGGUCAGCCUUGGGAAAACCUGUCGACCGUGAUGAGUGGGGUAUGACAGUACCAACCGUCAACGCAUACUACAAUCCUCCUGGCAACGAAAUUGUUUUCCCAGCAGGCAUUAUGCAAUUUCCAGUCUUUGAUGUCAAUGUGCCACAAUAUCUCAGCUACGGUGCAUUUGGGUCUGUCUCUGGCCACGAGCUGUCCCACGCUUUCGAUUCGACAGGUCGUCACUACGACCAGAACGGCAACUAUACAGAUUGGUGGACCAACAGCACCGUUGACGCCUUCAAAGAACGCGCGGAAUGUUUCGUUGAUCAAUAUUCUCAAUUUUCCGUUCCAGGGCCAGAUGAUAAACCCUUACACGUCAACGGCCGUCUCACACUCGGUGAGAACAUAGCAGAUGCAGGUGGCGUCACUGCCGCCUUCGCCGCCUGGAAGAAACGUCAAGCUGAGACCCCGAACCAAGACCUUCCUGGUCUUGAACAUUUCUCCCAAGAACAACUUUUCUUUGUUGGCUACGCUGGGUGGUGGUGCGGAAAGAGUCGCAAGGAGACAGCCAUCUCGAGAAUCUACUCGGAUCCGCAUGCUCCAAAGUGGGCUAGGAUUUUGGGAACGAUGGCUAAUUCGAGGGAUUUCAAAGAGAGUUUCAAGUGUGCGAGUAAGGAACCUGUGUGUGAGAUUUGGUGA